GCUCUCUUGCUUAGAUCUGUUCUGUGUAGACUUGCUACAUAUUUCUCAAUCAGAGUAGUCAGCACGUAUCUUUCUAGUUUUCAUACCAUGGCCUCUUCAACGGCCCUGCCUGUUGCCCUACUGGUCAUAUAUCUUACAAUAUCUCCGUCCUUAAUCUAUAUCGCCAUAAAGCAUGGCUUGAAGCAUGGAGCGAUCAUCGGCUGGUCCUUUCUCUUCAUAUUCUGUACUCUAAGAAUCGUCGCGAGUGCUAUUGAGAUACACGAUACUCAUAGUUCAAGCGCUGCAUUGGUUGCUAGCAUUGGGCUGUCUCCCCUCCUUGCUGCUGCUUGUGGCAUUCUUCAUGAGUCGCGCGCUUAUACCCUUCCGAAAUCACGACGACUAUUUGACGCUCCAUACCUCAUUUUCUUCCAUAUCCUUGUUACGACUGCAAUUGCUCUUGUUGCUGCCGGUGCCUCAAAAAUCAACGACGACACGCUGCCACCGGAUCAGAUCAAGCGAAGCCUUGCUCUAGUGAAAGGGGGCAUGAUCAUAUUACUCUUGGGCUGGCUUUCACUUGCAGUGAUCACCCUCACCACAUUUCGAGACUCCCUGGUCCGCGAGUCGAAGAAGCUAGCGGGGAGUGAGUCAGGGAAAAAACUACUUCUAGCUGUUGCGAUUGCUAUACCUUUCCUAGGCAUUCGAGUACUGGAGAGGGUUGUUUAUUUCUUUACUCAAAACCAGGAGUUAAACCCAGUAACGGGUAGCCUUGGUCUACGAGUUGGCCUAGAAGUUAUAGAGGAAAUAAUCGUAACCUUACUCUUUGUCUUCACAGGUAUCAUGACCCGAAAUAUUAAAGCAGCGGCCGUGGUGGACUGAUUUUAGACACAUGCGGAAAAUUUCCAAGAUGGAUGGGUAUAUGACUAGAGCAGAAGUUCAUAUUGAUGAGGAUACUUUUCGGAACGUUAUACCCAUAGUCCUCAUAGCUUAGCAUCAUACCCGAUAAAUUAAUAUCAC